UAUUAAACGCUGCCAAAGAGUUCUCGAACUAAGUGUUUGUUUUUUUUAUGGACACUUACUAUAGCUACCAUGGAAGGGGCCCAAUUGAGUAAUCGAUUCAUUAGAAUAUUGCCCUUUUUUUUUAACAAAACGUUUCCCUGGGUAACACCUGGUUGCCAAUGAAGCAAACAUGGGAACAAAAUAGAAAUCAGAAAUACAAAUCAGAAUAUUCUCCAAUAGCACCAAGCAACACACAAAUCAACCGAACCCCCCUAGAGGUACCCGAAUCCCCAAUAAAGAUGAAUGAUACGGACGAUAUGAAGACGGCAUCGCUGAAUGACUUCAAGAAGGAGGCAAUGGCCUCCAUGGGGUGGACAGUAGAUGCCGAUAUACCCAUGGCUAAUGCCGAAAAUCUGGCCAUACUCAAGGAGCUGGAGGGCAUGAGGAUCCUGAAACUGGAACUGCUGCAUCACAUGAAUACGCUGGAUGAGCGGGACCAGGCGGUGGUCAGGCAUACCAAGAACAUUGAGGGAACCAUCCAGCAGAAUCUCACCCUGUACAAUUCACUGCAGAAGGAUGUGGUCAAGGAGGCGCACAAGGUGCAAUUGGUUAUACUGGAGCGCAACAAGAUCAAAGAGGAUCUGCGCAAAACCCAGAAGGAGCUGGAGGAGUACACCGAAUAUGCAGAGUUCACCCAGCGCAAAAUCUGCCUGAACAGGCGGGAGAUCGAUGAGCUUACCUCCCGCAUCAAGGACGGCAAGACCACGUUGCUGGAGUGGACGGAGGCCAUGGAGGAUGGCAACAAGGGGUACCAGUUGAUAGAGAAGUACUAUCUGGACGAUCAGCAGAGGGCCCGAGAGUUGAACACGCGCCGCCAGCAGCUCCAGGCGGACAUUGACAAGCGUCGCAAGUUGGUCGUCCAGCUCUACGACGAGCAGAACACCCUGGAAAAGAACCUGGAGCGGACGGCGUGCCUGUAUAGGGCAGCACAUGUGGAGCGCCGCCAGAUGGUGGACACGUGGAAGAACGCCGUCAAUCAGAUGACCCAGCGCGAGCAUGACAUUCAGCGCAGCGAGUCGGAGUGCGUCAUGCUGAUGGAGGAGGCGGCCGCCGUUACCCAGAAGUACAAGCUCCACGACCAGCAGUUGGACGAGGUCAUCGAAAACAAUCGCCAGGUGGAGUACGGCAUUGAGGCGCUGAACACGGAGACAUCGGACAUGAAGAACCUGAUCCAGCAAGUGAUUGAUGCGGCCAUACUCAAGGAUCGCGAGAUUGACUCGCUGCGCAAGGAGCUGGAGAAUCUCUCGAACAGGGUGCACGUGCAGCGCUUGGAGAACCGGAAUUUGGUCAAGCAACGAGAUGCCAAGAAGCAGGAGAUCGAGGGCUUUACGGCUGUCAUGGAGCAGGUGCAGGCGCGCCUGAAGUCGCUAGAAAACAAGGCCCUGAAUGCAGAUCAGCGACUGAAGAUACUCGAGGAUAUGGUGGAGAGCGAGGAGGCGAUGCUAAAGAAUCUGGAUAAGGAGCAGCAGAAGGUCAACGAUCUGCUGUUCCGCACCCAGCGCCAGGUCACAGAGCUGAAGGACGAGGAGAAGACACUCCACGUGCAGAACGAUUCGCUCGCGUGCACACUGGCGGCCCUGAAGCGCAACCAACGCCAGGUGAACCACGAGCUGCAGCGGCAGACCGAGAUCCACUACAAUCUGUGCUUCAAGUUUCUGGAAGUUGAGCGCCGCUACGCCCAGCUAAGCGGCAGCCAGGACGAUCCAGAGGUGGAGGAGCGCAAUCUGAAGAUAUUGGCCAAUCUGGAGCAGGACAUGGAGAAGCUGCAGCGCCUGAUCGCCACCACGGAGGCGCAGAACAAGAAGCUCAACUACAACAUGAACAACAUGGUCAUCCAGUACAACGUCGACGAGAAGGAGCUGGACAUGGUGCGGUUCAAGAUCAAAGAGGCGCAGGUCUACUGCGAGGGCACCGUGAAGCGUCUGCGCAUGAAUCGCUUCGAGAACUCCGAGCGGAUCGUCGAGCUGAAUAUGGUGAAGAUGCGCUGCAGCGACCUGGAGAUUGGCAUCGGGGGCUGCGACCAGGGCUCGUAUGACCUGGAACAGCAUCGCCUCAUCUUCCGGCGGGCCAUCAAGGACCGGACCGUCGAGCUGCGCAGCCAGGAGGAUGUCCUUCAGCUGAAGCGCAAACAUCUCAACGAGGAGCUGAGCACCCUGAAGGCCGAUCUCGGCGAGCGUAAGAAACAGAUCGAUGCCAUGCGUUCGCGGUUCGAGCUCACCUCUUGCCUGUUGGGCAAGAACGAUGAUGGCACUCUCGUGACCAGCACCCAGCUAAAGGUGGAGAGUGCCCAGAGCCGGCAGCUGAUGGCCGACGAGGGGGACGCCUUGAAUAAGAAGGUGCUGAAGGCCGAGCAAGAAGUGACUGCACUGGAGAAUACUCUGCGGCAAUUCGAUCGCUCCAACAGUAACUACCGCAAGACCUUCGAGCCAGCGGAUGAAAAUUCAAAGGAUCGGGAACGUGCCGAGCAGGAGCUAAAGCAGAUGGAGGAAGCCUACGCCCGCGAUGUGGCAACUUUGAAGCAGCUGCGCUGCAAGAAGCAUCGAUAUGACCAAAAGCUGACGGCUUUGAAGGCCGAGGAGGAUGACCUGAUCACACGCCUCGAACAGGCCAAGGCCGAGCGGGGAGAGCACUCGGAGGAGCUGGAGAAGCUGCAACGGGAUCUGGACGAUCAGCGUACGAAACUGGAUAGAGCCAACCGCGAGAUUCGCAUUCAGCUGCGUGAGAUCAAGCAGCGUCCGAUCAGUGACGAUUUCCUGGCCCAUUUCGAGCGGGACCUCAACCUGCAGGAGCUGGAGGCGCGCAACUCCAAGGGGCUGAACAUGCUGGUGGAUAUGGCCAACAGCGAUGAGAAUGGCCCCGAAAUCAUUGACCAACUACUGCAGAAGGGCCUCAAGCUGCCGCAGCAUUUGAAGCGCACCCGCAGCUGUGUGUCCUGGAAGACACCCUCGUCGUCGUCCCAGGAUGCUGGCUCCUAUAUCAGUGCCGCGGGCAAGGGCUUCCUGGCAGGCAUCAGUGCCCGUUCCUCGGUCUCCGAUUUGAGUUCCCUCAAGGACGACAGCUCCACAGCCUCUGUCUCGGGUCUCAGCAUUAUAUCCCUCGAGUUUCCCACGCAGAAAUGAUUUUAUUUGUUUUCUCUUUCUUUCCUUUGUUUUGGUACUAUGAUAUCAUAAUUACGUUUAUAUUUUAUGGUACGUAUUAUUUUCUCCGGGUCCGGCCCGGGCCUCACGUGCUUGGCCAUCGAACUGUUUACAAAUCGACCGUCUAAACGGAACAGCAGGGAAAAUGCGUUGCCAAAGCGGGCCCAAACCAGAGAGCGGAGCAGCCAUAAAAAUAGCAUCCCAACAAAUGGGGCUACAUUCAUAUACAUAGAUACUAUAUUUGUACGCGUGUGUGUAUGUGUGGCCUAGGGUAUGCACAUUUCUUCAAAGCAACGGCCGUGGAAUACUCUUCUGGCAGAAUAAAUCUCUUCAAGCAAAACAUAUCAUUUAGAUCAUAGAAACUUUGGCACGAGCAUUUAACU